CUUUGUUUAACGUAGUUCUGUUUUUUGUUUUUUCUUCAGAAAAUCAAUUCACGCAAAAUACAAUGAAAUUUUCAAAAUUUUAUUGGACACUGUUCAUCACGUGUUGCUUGCCGCAUAGCCACGCCCUGGAAUGCUAUGUGUGUACAAAUCAAGACGGUAACAGAGAAAAGUGUUUAAAAAGUACAAAAACGUGUGAACAAGGUCAGGAUACUUGCUUAUCAGAUAUUAUGUGGGGAAGUACACCAUAUUGGUCGCACGGUGCAAAAAAACAAUAUUACGUUUCAAAAAAAUGUGCCACGAAAAAGGAAUGUGAAAGAAUAAAACAUUCUAAUAUGGAAGCUUGCACGUAUAUAUGGUAUCAGGAUUGGAAAUGUACCGAUUGUUGUCAAGGAGAUAGGUGCAAUUAUUAUAUUAUUUUGUACAACAUGAAAAAUUGGAAAGUUGAGAGUUUGUACAAGAUGUUCAGCCGUAAGAAAGAAUUGAACGUUUCUCAAGAUACAAAAUUGGCGAGAUAUCUAACGACUUUGGAUCUGAUAGACCUCGGAAUCGGCUCAACCCUCGGCGUAGGUGUUUACGUUCUCGCGGGUUCAGUUUCAAAAAACAUCGCAGGUCCUGCCGUGAUAAUUCCGUUCGCGAUCGCAUCCACGUUUGCAGGCCUAUGCUACGCAGAAUUCAGCGCAAGAGUUCCAUGUGCUGGAUCGGGCUACCUAUACAGCUAUGUUACGAUGGGUGAAUUUAUGGCUUUCCUAAUCGGCUGGACGCUAAUACUGAGGUAUGUAAUUGGCUCCGUGAUCAUACUAAAGGGACUGAGCACAUACGUAGAUGCGUUGUUCAACAGUAUCAUGCGAAAUGCGUUUGAAUCGGCUGCACAUAUCGACAUUAAUCAUUUCUCUUCGUAUCCGGACUUUUUUGCCUUCGGAGUGACUUUAAUCUUCUCUGCUACGUUGGCAUUCGGGGCAAAGGAGUCUUCGGUGGCGAACAACGUUUUUCACAAAAGAAAACUAAUAGCCCAUAAUGUAUUGUGUGUCGUUGGACGGAAAGCUGACGUAACCAAUUGGAAAACGAAGCCUCCGUGUACGGAAAAGAAUUGUGAUUACGGAAUCGGAGGAUUCGUGCCUUCUGGUAUAGCUGAUAUCAUAAGAGGAGUGACGAAGUAGUUUUACGGAUUCUUUGGUUUCGAUUGCGUCGCAACUACCAGAGAGGAAGCGAGAUCGAUACCAAUAGCGAUCGUUGCCUCAUUAAUUGUCGCCUUUCUCACGUAUUUCGCCGUAUCUGCAUUAACCACCGUCCUUCCUUAUUACGGGCAAAAUGGCUGCUUACUGUGCGCAAUGUUUCCUUUAUCCCGCAUUAUUUACGCGAUGGUAUCCGACGAAUUGAUAUUCGAGUAGAUGUGUAAGAUCAUUUCGCGAUUCCAUACACCCCUGAUAGGUACCUUUUCCGCAGGACUUCUCACAGGAGUGCUAGCCGCGAUAUUUAAAUUGAAUCAACUCGUGAAUAUGAUGAGUAUCGGAACGUUACUCGCAUAUUCGAUCGUCGCAAUCUGUGUAUUGGUACUUCGAUACGAAGAAAACGAGGUGUAUGAACAAAAAGGAGACCGUGAUCCAAGAACUUUCAAGUUCACUGUGAAACAGUUAAUUAACGCUAACAAGUUGAAUCAUUCUACAAAAUUAACAUCCCAAAUCGUUACGUGUCUUGUCGCAUGUUACGAGUUAUUCUGUGUGUGCAUCGGUAUGAUGGUCUCGAUUUUUUCCGGUGAAAUUACUUUUGCUAUUCCAUUAGCAAUUCUAAUACUAGUUUUAAUCCUUACUCUUAUAUUUAUUUACCUUCAACCUAUUUCUGGAAAGAAGUUUCUAUUUUCGGUACAACGUAUGCUGUUUCUUCUGGUUCCACUUGUACAGUUUUUCCCUGCACUCAGUAUUAUCAAUAUUUAUCUCAUGACGAUGUUAGACAAAAUGACGUGGCUGAGAUUUUUAAAACGAAUAGCAGUCGGUAAGUGGAUGAAAUAUUUUAAAGGAUGA